CAGGAUGAGGCAGGGGCCUGCUCCUAUCAGUCUCCCCAAGUCAGCCCUCUCCAUGCCCCUGAGGGCCCAUGGCUUCCUGAACCCUUGGCCCACAGUGUCCAGAAAGGGAGUGGAUUUAGGGGCUGGGGACAAGCCCUCUAGGCGACACCUCUGCCCAAAUCUUUCCAUGCCCGUCUGCCCAACCCCCAGCCAGUGCCCUCCUGCCCAGCAGAUGCCAGGAAAAUCUGUGCCCAGGAAGGGCAGUCUGGCACCUGAGGGCCUGCCUGACUAGCUCUUCUCAGCAGCAGGAACAGGGCAGGGACGUCACCUUGUGCCAGAGACGGCCCCAGCAGUGCCAUCCACCUCCCGGGCCGAGGGGGACCCCAGGAUGCUCUGCCCAGGUGAGUGUUCCUCUGGCUCCACAGCCGGCAGUGAGGGAGGGGAAGGCUGUCCUUGUUGGGGCUCCCCAGGACCACCCCCCACACUCCACGAGUCCCUAAGAAUCUGUGACAUUUUCCACUGGACUGUCUCGCCCUCUGUCUGUGGUGCAUGUGUCAGUGGUUUGGGGAGGGGAGCCGAAGGGAUGGUGGAGAAGCUGGAGGUGAAGUCUGGGGAUGAGGGGAGCCAGGAGGGGCUGUAGUCUGGGGAGCAGGACUCCUGGAUGCCAAGCAAACUUUUUAUUAGACUUGUGGAAUCACAGAGGCGCCUGUGAUAGUUUCCUUUGAACAUCUUGGAUUCUAAAAGACUUUUGGAAUGAGCUCAGAGAGGGCUAGCAACUCAUCUUGGGUAACACACAGCAAGUUGGCAGAGCUGGGACUCAAAACCCACCAGGACUUGUGGAUGCUGCCCUUGGCCACCUCUCCUUCCCUCUCCACAUGCAGUUUGGUCCCUCUGGAUUUAAGGGGCAGGGGGCAGACUCUGGACAGCACCUCCCAGGGCCUCCUUCCCUUUCUGUCCUUUCUCCAGACACCAUGCCCAGGGCUAAGCAACCCCUGUCAGGUAUCAGAGAAGCUACAAGCUCCUCGGUCCCUGGGAAGCUAUGGUUGGUCUUUGCCUUACAGAUCACAGAGAACAGGGCCCCCUUUGCUCUCAGUGUCUAACCAUAGUCCCUCAUGCUGUAGUCAAAGCCCAACCUCUUCCUGAAAAGCAAGGUCAACAGCUGACUGCAUGCCAGUGUCCUCGCAGUGCCCACCUUGAGGUGUCCUGGCUGGAAGGACCUUGCCAGAUAGGAACAGGCAGCCCUCACUGAGUCAGGCGCUGUUCUAAGGCCUUCCAUGCAUCUCACCAAAUGGGCACCACACUCCUACCAGGUGAAUUUAAUUUUACAGGUUGGAAAAAUGAAGCAUAGAAUGUUGAAGUAACUUGCCCAAGGACACGCUGCCAGAAAAAGCUAGAGCCGAGAUUCGAACCUGUAGCCUGCCUCCAGGGCCCUGAGCCCUUAAAUGUCCUCCCACCUUGCCUCUAAUUCCUAGGAAGUCUCCACUAGAGGUCAUUGUGUCCAAUCCUCUGCAUCUAGGUGUCUGCGCAGGCCAAACUGUUCACAGAUGAGAAUUAAUCUCUUUUUUAAAGGCACCUGCUCCGGGGUAGAAUUCCCUCUGGGGGUAAUCAGACAUUUAUUUAUUCAUAGCCUUCUGGCUGGGAGAAGAGGCCCUCCCACCCAGGACUCACCAGGGUCCAGCUGCCUCAUUGCCCCUCUCUCCUUCCCACUGCAGCAUAAUCAGAAGUGAACCAGCCUUGCCUCGUGUCUCGGCUCCACGGCCUCCAAGCUGUGUGGCCCUGGACAAUUGACUCAACUUCUCUGAGCCUCUGUUUAUCAACUGUAAACCGGUGUUAAUUAUACACCUGCUUUGUGAGGUUGAUGAGCAUUAAAUGAUAAAAGGGGAUGAGGGCCAGAAAGGGGUUAGCGAUCACAGUGUCUGGCACCUAGGAAGUGCCCAGAACUAAACGGUAAAUACUUUUCACCAUCAUCAUUAUCAUUAUUACUGAAACCCUCCUGCCUGCAAGAUCAGAACAUCCUGCUUUCAGCCUUAUAGUUUAGCCUCCUUAUUACAAAUAGGGAAACUGAGGCCCAGAGUGGAGAAGGACUUCCUCAGGGUCACUUAACAAAUCGGUGGCGGAGCAGGAAGCAGCUCUCAGGCCCCCUGAUUCCCCACUGGAUUCCCCCACUCUUCUCCUUUGCUCCCUUCCCACUUCCGCUUCUCCUCUGGUGUGCCCCGGGUCUGGGGCCCGGGUACCCAGUCCUGCCCAGGCAGAGUCCAGGAGAGAAGUCAGCCGUGGUUGGAGGAACAGGCCCAGAGGCCGGCGCGUUCUCAGCCCUGGCUCUUUGUCUGCUGCUUUGUGAUGGAAUCCUCGCACACUCUCGCAGAUGGGUGGUGUUAUCAGCCCGAUGUCACCUAUGAGGACCUGAGGGCGGGAGGAGCACUGCCGGUGCUGGCGACGGAGGCGAGGACGACGACACGCGGGGGAUGCCAGGCUCGGACCGCGGCGGGACAGCGCGCGCAGGUGUGCCACAGACCACAACGUGGACAACACCACAGAGAUGCUGCAGGAGUGGCUGGCCGCUGUGGGCGAUGACUAUGCGACUGUAGUCUGGAGGCCCGAAGGGGAGUCCAGGUCCUACCCAGAUGAAGAGGGUCCCAAGCACUGGACCAAAGAAAGGCACCAGUUUCUGAUGGAGUUGAAGCAGGAAGCCCUGACUUUUGCCAGGAACUGGGAGGCUGACUAUAUCCUGUUUGCAGAUACAGACAACAUUCUGACCAACAAUCAGACACUGAGGCUUCUGAUCGAGAAGGGGCUGCCCGUGGUGGCCCCAAUGCUGGACUCCCAGACCUAUUACUCCAAUUUCUGGUGCGGGAUCACCCCCCAGGGCUACUACCGCCGCACAGCGGAGUACUUCCCCACCAAGAACCGCCAGCGCCGGGGCUGCUUCCGUGUCCCCAUGGUCCAUUCCACAUUCCUGAUAUCCCUGCGGGCUGAGGGGGCAGCCCAGCUCGCCUUCUACCCUCCUCACCCCAACUACACCUGGCCCUUCGAUGACAUCAUUGUCUUCGCCUACGCCUGUCAGGCUGCUGGGGUCUCGGUCCACGUGUGCAACCAGCACCGCUACGGGUACAUGAACGUGGCCGUGAAAUCCUACCAGGGGCUAGAGGACGAGAGGGUCAACUUCAUCCACCUGAUCUUGGAAGCACUAGUGGACGGGCCCCCCAUGUGGGCCUCGGCUCAUGUGUCCCGGCCCCCAAAGAGGCCCAGCAAGAUGGGGUUUGAUGAGGUCUUUGUCAUCAGCCUGGCCCGCCGGCCCGACCGCCGUGAGCGCAUGCUGAGCUCGCUCUGGGAGAUGGAGAUCUCCGGGCGGGUGGUGGAUGCUGUGGAUGGCCGGACACUCAACAGCAGUAUCUUGAGGAGCCUUGGCGUGGACCUGCUCCCUGGCUACCAGGACCCCUACUCAGGCCGCACGCUGACCAAGGGCGAGGUGGGCUGCUUCCUCAGCCACUACUCCAUCUGGGAGGAGGUGGUUGCCAGGGGCCUGGCCCAGGUCCUGGUGUUUGAGGACGACGUGCGCUUUGAGAGCAACUUCAGGGGGCGACUGGAGCAGCUGAUGGAGGAAGUGGAGGCAGAGAAACUCCCAUGGGACCUGAUCUACCUCGGCCGGAAGCAGGUGAACCCUGAGGAGGAGGCGGUUGUGGAGGGGCUGCCACACCUAGUGGUGGCCGGGUACUCCUACUGGACACUGGCAUACGUCCUGAGCCUGGCGGGUGCCCGCAAGCUGCUGGCCUCCCAGCCCCUACGCCGAAUGCUGCCCGUGGACGAGUUCCUGCCCAUCAUGUUUGACCAGCACCCCAACGAGCAGUAUAAGGCACACUUCUGGCCACGGGACCUGCGGGCCUUCUCAGCCCGGCCCCUGCUUGCCGCCCCCACCCACUAUGCGGGGGAUGCCGAGUGGCUCAGCGACACGGAGACAUCCUCACCCUGGGAUGAUGACAGCGGCCGCCUCAUCAGCUGGCGCGGCUCUCACAAGACCCUGCGUGACCCUCGCCUGGACCUGGCUGGCAGCAGUGGGCACAGCCUCCAUCCCCACCCCAGGGAUGAGCUCUAGGUCUAGGUGGUGACUCCAGAGGAGUGCCCAGGAGCAGGCCGCAGCUGUCCAGGGGGCAGAGUUGGAGAUCACUGGCAGAGGCUGCCACCAGCAGCCACAGACCCAGUAGAGACCUGGUUGCCACCUUAGGCAUGGCCACUCUGCCCUCUGGACCCAUCUUAUAUCGGGAGAAACCACUCAGAGAUGGGUCCCCUUCUCCAAAGGUCACGUGGUGAAAGGGCAGAGCUCACAGGCCCUCUUACCCUGCACGGCCUGACUCAGGGCCUGGGCGGAGGGGAGGAGGGGGCAGACAGGAGCCCUGCCCUCCCUGAGGACCCAGCUGCUGGGGCCCCUCUGCCCCCUUCUACCUCCACCUCAGCCCCCUCCCUGGCUUGACACCUGGGUCCCACCUUCCAGGGCCAACCUUCCUCCCUGGCCAGUGGGAAGUGCAGGGAGGUGGGAGGAGGACCCUUGCAGACCUGGUGCCCAGCACACAGUAGGCCCUCAAUAAAAGCCGGCUGGUAUUUGCACUUUA